UAGAGAAUUAUUCCAAAGUCAUCAUGAUUGAAGACAAUAAAGAGAACAAAGACCAUUCUCUCGAAAGAGGAAGAGCAACUCUUAUCUUUUCCUUAAAGAAUGAGGUUGGAGGGCUUGUAAAAGCACUAAAGAUUUUCCAGGAGAAGCAUGUGAGCCUGUUACAUAUUGAGUCCCGAAAAUCCAAGAGAAGAAACUCAGAGUUUGAGAUUUUUGUUGACUGUGAUAUCAACAGGGAACAACUGAAUGAUAUUUUUCACCUUUUGAAGUCUCAUACUAAUGUUCUCUCUGUGACUCCACCAGAUAAUUUUACUAUCAAGGAAGAUGGCAUGGAAAGUGUUCCUUGGUUUCCAAAGAAGGCUUCGGACCUAGACCAUUGUGCUAACAGAGUUCUGAUGUACGGAUCUGAGCUAGAUGCGGACCACCCUGGUUUCAAAGACAAUGUCUACCGCAAAAGACGAAAAUAUUUUGCAGACUUGGCAAUGAACUAUAAACAUGGAGACCCGAUUCCCAAGGUUGAAUUCACUGAAGAGGAGGUUAAGACCUGGGGAACUGUAUUCCGGGAGCUCAAUAAACUCUAUCCGACCCAUGCCUGCAGGGAGUAUCUCAAAAACUUACCUCUGCUGUCCAAGUACUGUGGAUAUCGGGAAGACAAUAUCCCACAAUUGGAAGAUAUUUCAAAAUUUUUAAAAGAGCGCACAGGUUUUUCCAUUCGUCCUGUGGCUGGUUAUCUAUCGCCAAGAGAUUUCUUAUCAGGCUUAGCCUUUCGAGUUUUUCACUGCACUCAAUAUGUGAGGCACAGUUCAGAUCCCUUCUAUACGCCAGAGCCGGAUACCUGCCAUGAACUCUUAGGUCAUGUUCCCCUUUUGGCUGAGCCUAGUUUUGCUCAAUUCUCCCAAGAAAUUGGCCUGGCUUCCCUUGGAGCUUCAGAGGAGGCUGUUCAAAAACUGGCAACGUGCUACUUUUUCACUGUGGAAUUUGGGCUGUGCAAACAAGAUGGACAGUUAAGAGUCUUUGGCGCUGGCUUACUUUCUUCUGUCAGUGAACUCAAACAUGUGCUUUCUGGACAUGCCAAAGUAAAGCCUUUUGAUCCCAAGACUACCUGCAAACAAGAAUGUCUCAUCACAACUUUUCAGGAUGUCUACUUUGUGUCUGAAAGCUUUGAAGAUGCAAAGGAGAAGAUGAGGGAAUUUACCAAAACAAUGAAGCGUCCAUUUGGAGUGAAAUAUAAUCCCUACACACGGAGCAUUCAGAUCCUGAAAGACACCAAAAGCAUAACUAGUGCCAUGAACGAGCUGCGGCAUGAUCUCGAUGUUGUCAGUGAUGCCCUUUCUAAGGUCAGCAGGCAGCUGAGUAUCUGACAGUCUCCAGUCCUCAGAACACCAUCUGAGCAUCAAGUCAGAGGCCAGCAAUGGCCAACUUUUGCAGUUUUUGAAGAUCUAACCGUGGAAGGAUAACAGCUUCUGGCUAAGUGAUAUAUUCAUAAUUCCAUUCCUUAACGAAUCACUAGGGUAUAAAUUUGCUAAUCAUUAUCUGAAUUCUUUAUCUGCUAAUUAUUUUUGUCUUCGUUUUAAGUAAUGAUUUAGUGAAAUAUGAUUUAUACACUGUACAAUUACUGACCACUUACUUUUCAUAGAAAAAAUUGUUUGACCCAAUGUAUAGAACUCAUCUCAGUCAUUUUUUCCAAUUCUUCUUGACUAAGAUAACUUUUAUGAUUAUUUAGAAUACUUUCAUGAGUGUAACAGAGCUCUGGCCUAUAUUGUUACCUUAGUUAUAAAGUAUCUGUUACUUACUGCUGAAUUUAUGCCAAGCUCAGUCACAUUCACACACAGAAAUGUAAUAGGUCAGUUAUCAGCCCAGCAAACACGAGCCAACUUAUAGAGGUUUCUGUUUGUGGGGCAUAACUAGUAAAGAAUUGGUAGUCUGGUUUCUAGUGCAGUAUCUUUCCGGGAAAUAUAGGAGUAGCUAAGUCUGGAAAGGUUGAUUGAGGCAUAAUUCUUCAGACUAAUAAUUUGGGACUAUUUUGAAAGCAAGGAGAUUUCUUGCCACAACACUGUCCUCCUUAAAACUUGUUUUCCUUUCCCUGACUCUGCAUGAUGCUAGUUUUGUUCUAGAUUAUUUGUCCUCCUCAAGAGUCCAAAGGGAAAUCAGUGUGGGUGCCACCUGCAAAGCUCUGUACACAGAAGCAUUCUCAGUUAGUGUGAUGGGAUUAUCUUCAGGCUAGCAGGGGGUGAUGUCAAACAGAGGGCUCAAACUGAGAUAAGAGAAACACAAAAUUAAGGUUGGAAAAGCAAUGAUAAAUGCUUUAGUUCAGAAGGCAAGGAAAGUAGUGAGGGCAGGCAGAAGAGGGAAAGGGAAGGAAUCAAGAAAGUAAAGAA